AAUAGUGAUCGGAAUAUUACAAAGAGUGGUCCAUGGUCCAUAAUCCAUGGGCUUGGAGCCCACAAUUAUUAACAGUGGAAAGCAACGGAAAGAUGCAAGCGCAACCUGGGUCUAUCCAAAAGUUUUCUAGACAUUACUAGACUCUUCACCGCCCCUUUUCUUUCUUCUUCGAACCUUCUUUUAUUUCACUGCACUCUCCUUCAUCGAUCAUCAUCGUCAUCAUUUGUCCCAAACGAAAGCACUUCAUUAACAUAGACUGAAACAAGGCAAGCACCCAAAAAUAAUCUCUUACUUUCAACAAAAAUCAUGUUCGGUGUGGUCUUCCCCAACCGGAGCUUUCCUAUGGACAUUUCCACUUUCUCCCAAAUCGACACCUUCCAUUGGAUUCUCGACAUGAACACUUUCGUAGGUGAGGCCUACGAUCAAAUCCGCGAAGUCUGCAUUUUCCUCUUAAACAGUUUCUCUCUUCCACCGGAGAAAGCCCUAGCCGUCUACAUUCAGUCUCCUGGUUCACCUUUCCAAUUCUGCGGCGCCGUCACUCUAUCACGUCCCUCCGCCGUCCUCUCCCUCAAUUGGCCUGAGCCCGGUGGACAAUUGCAGCUUACGGCGGCGGAUUCUGCCCCGCUGUCUGCUAAAAUAGGGGUUUCGGUCGAGGACUUGGCGUCACUGCCGUCGUUGGAUAUAGCCGCCGAGAAAAGGAUCGAACGGCUUGCUAUGAAAGUUGGGGAGAAUUUGUUUAAUUAUAUGCAGUCGUUUUGUGGAGUUGAUGGGAGCAAGUUGAUUGUGCCUAUGGAUAUUUUGGACCGAUGGUUUAAGAAGUUUCAGGAGAGGGCUAAGCGUGACCCGGAGUAUUUGAAAGGCUUCGAUUUGUAAUCUUUAAAUUUCAAGGAUAUGAAUUCCCUUUGAUGCUCGCCUGUUAGAUAAAAAACUGCUGCUAUGCUAAGAAGUAGGAGAGGUGUAUGUUUUGCCACCAUUCUGAAGUGGCCUGUGUUGUGAAUAUAAACUUUAAAAUGAUAGGGGCUUAGAUCUUUUGAAUGCUACUGUUUGACGGUUUAGACCUUCAGUUUGCAACUUCUUAGUUAAGAGGAUUUGGGAUUUUGCUUUUUGAUUAUUUUGCACAAAACUUCUGUCAUAAAAGCAGGAUCGUGAGUGAGAAGGGAAAGAAAUAUUCUGUGAUCGUGAUUCUGAACCGCGAGUAAUCGUGAAUCUUUUAUUGAGGUUUAAACUGUUGUUAAAAUGUGAUUUGAGUGCGGAUUCCAUGAGCAAGUGACUUGAGUAGGUACGCGUUUAAAAAGAAAAGGGUUCUACUUUAAAUGUGAUGAGAACUAGUAAAUUCGUAGUGCAACUGCAACGUGACCUCUGCUUUGGAGCUCAACUAUUUUAUACUUGGGAAGAAGGUUGCAGGAAAUUAUUUUCAGCUCCUCGUUAAGUAUCGCUCCUUCAACUUAGCGUACAAGUAUAACAUUGGCAUUUGUGGACGCCUUUCAAAAGCUGUUCGGUGGCAUGUAAUUAUUUUCCACUUAUAUAUUUUUCAUAGUUAAGAAUAUGUUUUUCAUAUAAUAAUUAUUUGUACAUUUUAAAUUUAAAUUUCUAUAGUUAAUGGUAUUUAUGGACCGCCAAAAUGGAUUUUAAUA